AUGACCAGUGGGGACGCAGAACCCACGCAGGAACAGAGGGAUCCCUUCGGUAUCGACAGACUUUGCGUGGAUUAUGAUUACCUGUUGUACAAGAUUCAUGACUACGUAUCGUCUAUCCAAUUGAAAACAAUCGAGACAUGCGAGCAGCAGAAUCGUUUGAUAGAGCAAGGCAUCAUCGAGCAAGUAAUCGACAAAAACGUGAAUGAGGUGAAAAAAAUCCUUGCCCAGUGUGACGGUCUGGAGUCACAUUUUGAUAUGCUUGACCAGCUCAAUGGUAUCGUAGAGUCAUUUGAACCACGGCUUCAAAAGGUCAUUGCAGACCACAAAGAUCUUCAGAGGCGAUAG